AUGCGGUCCUCUCUAAUCUCAUUAGCUGCCGUGGCCCGCAGCCAGCCCUCGAGGCUGAAAAAGCCAUCAAUCAGUCUAGACCAUUUCAUCCAAAGACAGCGUGUUCUGGCAUUGUGGCGCGAAAUUGUCCGAGCUUUGAAUAAAAUUCCUCCUUCGGCGACACGAAGUGAGCUGCAUUCUUAUGCUCGGCAGGAAUUCGAGCGACAUCGUGAUGUGAAGGAUGUGACAGGGAAAGCGGAGUUUGAUACUAUGAGGCGGUAUAUUGACGAGCAAGUCGCUGGUUGA